AUGUUGACCAGUACAAAUAAAAGUUAUCUUAUUAGAUUAAUUAAUAAGAUUAAAUCUUCCAAGAUUAGUUUACAUCGCACACAGAAUACACCAAAUCAGUUAAUAAUACCAACUCCACCCACUGCUUUACCAUUAUGGAAAAUAGUAAAAUCAUUGCCUUGUCUGUUUCCAAGACCUAUAGGACAAUCCUAUGAAGAUUAUCGAUUAUAUCAUUCAAAUGUCGACAAAAUUCAGUAUGAACUUUUUUCAACUUUAAAUUUUUUCCCAACUCCAAAGGGAGGAAAAGUUUCAAAGAUUAUUAAGACCCCCAUAGAUUCAAAGGGAAAUUAUAUGAAUGAAUUUUGCAUAUCGCCAGAGAAUAUAUCUUAUCAAGGGAAAAAUAUUAAACACUUAAUCUUUAUUCAUGGUUAUGGUGCUGGUAUUGGUUUUUUUUUAAAAAAUAUGGAAAAUAUAUCUUUAUUAGAUAAUGAAUGGUGUGUACACUAUAUUGAUUUACCAGGUUUCGGAUUUUCCACUAGACUUCCUUUCUCUUUCCAAUAUCCAAAAGAUAACAUAUUACAAGUGGAAAGUUGGUUCCAUGAUGGAAUUCAUAAAUGGUUUCAAAGGAGAAAAUUACUAAAUACUCCACAAAAUAAUAUGGUAGUAGCCCAUUCUUUAGGAGGUUAUCUUAUGAUUUUAUAUAAGAAUACUUUUCCAAGCCAUUUUAAAAAAUUAAUUCUUUGUUCACCUGCUGGAAUUUGUAAUGGGACUAAAAAUAAAGUAGAACAUAAAGUACCUUGGUGGUUCAACAAAUUAUGGGAAAAAAAUGUUUCACCGUUCUCUUUAGUAAGAAAUACCCAUAUCUUAGGUUCUAAAUUGACUAGUGGAUGGUCAUAUAGAAGAUUUAGAAAGGUUGCCACAGAUUCCCAAUUUGAAGCAUUACAUCGAUACACAUAUGCGAUUUUUAAUAAACAAGGUAGUGGUGAAUAUUUAUUACCUUUUAUUUUAAAAUGUGGUGGAGAUCCAAGGACUCCUAUUGAAAAUAGAAUUAUUAACUCAAAGCAUAAAUGGGACUCAAAUUCCGAAUGGGUGUGGUUAUAUGGAGAAAAUGAUUGGAUGAAUAUAGCCGGUGGAAAAAGAAUUUCCAAACAUUUUGUUAAAAAUAAUUUAGGAAAAAGUAAAGUAGUAAUUAUACCAGAUGCUGGACAUCAUCUUUAUUUAGACAAUUAUCCAUAUUUCAAUGAACUAAUACAGAAUGAAAUGAAAAAUUUUUAA